UCUGCUUGUCGAAUCUGCCGCGUUUGAGACGAAGUUAAAAUUAGCAGUUAAUAAGUCAGGAAAAAACACACGAGUGACAGCUAAUCCAUUGUAUUAAUUAAUUACUGUCACGUGUUUCUCACCCACCUCUGCUAAAAACACACGACAAAGUAUCGCCAGUGAUAUUCGAUUUCAUUACGGCACCGCAUAAAAGUCGCUAGUCGACUUUCACUUCCUUUCCAAGCCGUGACGUGUGAGGACCAGACCAGAGGAACGUUGCACUCCAAGGCACAUCCCUGAAGACAAUGGGAAGCAAGGAUGCAAUUCUUCAGCUAACCGUGUUCGUGCUCCUGACCUUACACAUAUGGGCGGAUCCAGCCAGUCAUCCCGUCAAGGAGGUGGUCGGAAAGAUGGAUGAACUACGACAACAUAUUGCAUCACUCACGAAAUCAGUGGAAACGUUAGAGGAAGGCAUUGAAGAAAUCAUAAACCCCGAGGACUGUUCUGUGGGCAUCAACAACCCCUACUGCUCGCUGGCGAGUCUAGACAAGCUCUUGCACCAACAGGAAGUCCUCUCCAGUCACACGAUGCCUGGCAAGCGAUCCAGACGAGAAACAAAUGAAGCGGAGCGUGUUAACAGAGUUAUUAACGAUCUUUCCAGAAAACAGGAGUUUCUACGAUCAUUAAAGAAAAUGUUAAACGAAGCAGACAUCAACAUCCAGACAGAAAAGAAGAGAUCGUGUAACUUCAACCUCGGCUUCCACUGUCAGACGGACGAGUACUCCAACAUCGUCGACAUGUACGACUUCUUCAACAGCGCCAUGAGUCCCGGCAAGCGGCGCAAGAGGUCGCAGCUGAAAAACAGCGCACACAAACACCAAUGA